CAGGGAUCGCUGCUACUCCCUAAAGAGCGUUCCUUUCUUUCCUGCUCUUGAAACACCAGAAACGAUCACACCAAUAGGGGUCUCUCAUGGUCAAAUUCCAGUUCAUAACAAGCCAGCUGAUAUCGCGGUAACCUUGUUGGGUGUGCGGUUUGCCCUCACCUCAGGGUUAUUUCGAUAUUCCAUCUCCCCACCCAACACGCAGCCCGUGAUUAUCUGGUCAUGACAGAUCACGAUCGCCAACAGCUGCGGUGAACCCAAAUCAUCCCCUCACUCAUCAGCCGGUGGUUCAAUAUAUCCUUCGCCUAAUCAUCACUGCUGCAAGUGUCUAUCCAAUACAUUUCAGGGAUUUUUGCUCACCAUGCAUAGCCGGAGAAGCGUUCUAGUAAGCCUCCUAUCAAUGCAGAACUUCCUAGCUAAGCCCGCUGGUGUAGGGUGGUAGUAAGAAUGAAUCAUAAAUGUCACACUUUCUCUGCGGGUAUCGCUAUGUGUCAGGAAGUCCGAAAUGGUUUGAGCCCUCGCUUCGCAGCGUUUACAUCAACUGGUACCGAAGCUCGCCGUACCCGAAAGAAGCAGAAGACCCCCACUCAAGUCUGAUAUCUACUUCUGAUUGGCCCUUCACACUUGAAACGUGUCCCUACUGAUUGCCACCUCAAGCCUAUUCUCCUUGGGCUUCUCUCCGGCCGGCGCUGGUAUUGGUAUGAGAAUCGAUGGUAGCCUAGUAGCCGGCUAGGUAGACUUCGGCGAUCCCACUGAACCAUCUUCCGCUAUCAACCUGCAAGCGCCCUCCCGGUCAACGCGCCCAACCCUGUUAUGUUCCACAAGUAUCUUCAGACUCUGCCUCACCUAUACCCAACCCGCAUUGCUCCUGCACGGAACCCGUGCCUGAACUGCACGUAUUGCGACGGCGAGAGAACAGAAUGGGCCCUUCAGUCUCACUUCCUCACCACCUCCAUGACCGUCCAAGACGUGUCGGAAGGGAAGAACAUUCCGCACAACUAUAUACAUUGUUGCCACGGAUCUUGUGUCACUCUCAACGAGUCUGACUUUCGCCAAAGAAAAG